AACAUCUGCUACCCAAGGACUGUCAAGAUGAGUGACAGCGCUGCUUUGGUUCCUCCAGCUUCAAGCCAGGGUCCUACCACCCCACGCAAAGGCCCCCCCAAGUUCAAGCAGAGGCAGACUCGCCAAUUCAAGAGUAAACCUCCCAAGAAAGGUGUGAAAGGGUUUGGAGAUGACAUUCCAGGCAUGGAGGGGCUAGGAACAGAUAUCACGGUGAUUUGUCCCUGGGAGGCAUUCAGCCACCUGGAAUUGCACGAGCUCGCUCAGUUUGGGAUUAUCUGAGGCAGCAGAAGUUCUGCCACUCUCAAUAGCAUCUGCCGUAACUUUGAUUACUUUUGCCCUGUUGAUCUGCCAGAGUUUUGAAAUUCAGCUGUUUGGAAGUGGUUUCUUUUUCUUCUUUUUUUUUUUUUUUAUUUCAGCUCAUCAUGGGGGUACAAAAGCUCAGG